AUGAUCAUUUGUUUAGGUCCUUUGUGUAUCCCUUUAUGGCAUAUUUGCUUGUUUAUUGCCUGUAUAUUUAAACCUCUUGUGAAAUUCUUCAACAGAAUUUGUCUUCGUAAAACUGAAGAGAAGAAUGGUGAACAAGAAAUAAAUAAAAGCAAUACUUAUAGAUAUUCUGAGUUACGUAAAAAGAUUUUUAGCCGAAAUAUUAUUGAGAUGGAAUGUGAUGCUGACUGGUUAGCUUGUAAAGUUGUUGCUAAUGAGAUCCAAAUCCCAGUUAUUAUUGACUUCUACAGUGAUUGGUGCAAGCCAUGCAAAGAUACAUCACAGAUCUAUCAAAAAUUAAGUAAGAACUUUGAGGCAAUAUUCACCAAAGUAAAUGUAGACAAAUUUCAGUCUCUCGUAGAAAAUGAAACCAUACUAUGUUUGCCUACGUUUCAAAUAUGGAAGAGCUACAAGAACAAAUUAAUAAAGUUAAGAACAAUUACAGGUGCAAAGAUGGGUGAAUUAGAAGCUGUAAUUAAGGAAGAAUGUAAGAUGGUAAAUAAUUAA